AUGACGGUUACAGACGAAUCGCUAGAGGAAGUGGAGGCGUUGGGCACUGAGUCAAUCCGCAGAGUGGAGAGUUGGACGCAGAACGCGAAACUUCAAAUAGCGCACCAUAAAACGGAGAUACUACUGGUCAGUAGUCGGAGAGCAGUCCAACAGGUGGCGAUUGCCGUCGGAGAACAUACCUUAACCCCAAAUCGCGAAUUGAUGCACCUCGGUGUGUUGAUCGUCAAUCAGCUAAAAUUCAACAGUCACGUUGACUGCGCAUGCGAAAAGGUAACAAAAGCCAUCAGUGCACUGUCCAUGUCGAAUAACUUUGGACCAAGCAGUAGCAAGAGGCGCCUCUUAGCCAGUGUAUCAUCGUCGAUGCUGCGGUAUGGCGGACCAGCCUGGAUUACAGUGCUCCCCAACGCAACCGAGCGAAGCUGA